GCAGCUGCCUUAAUACAGCGUAGAAAAAAGAAAAAGACUAAAAAAAAUUAUUCUGCGCAAUGGCUUUUAAAAAGAGAACUGGAAGGUAAGUUUCGAAUUCCACAUUAUAUACACAUGUAUAUAGUUCGUUUUUGUAAUUAUCAAAAAUACUUUUCAUAGGAUUUAGCCAUAAACUGUUAAAGGAAAUUGAGUGCGAGGAUUCAAUCCUUCACAAAAAUAUCUUAAGAAUGACUCCAGCUCAGUUUGCAUUCUUAUUAGAAAAAGUACUCCCCUAUAUUAGCAAGCAGGAUACAAAAUUCAGGAACUGCAUAAGAGCUGCGGAACGGCUGCAGCUGACAUUGCGAUAUCUAUCCACUGGUGAAACCCAAAGGUCACUUCAAUUGCCGUUCCGAAUUCAGCAGUCAACCAUUUCCAGAAUUUUAAAGGAAUCAAUUCCCGCAAUAUAUUUGGCGUUAAGGGAGGAGUAUUUGAAAUUCCCUGCAAGUGAGCAAGAUUGGCGUGAUAUUGCAAAAGACUUUUAUCAGAUGUGGGGAUUCCCGAACUGCAUCGGCGCUUUAGAUGGAAAGCAUUGCAGAAUACUGCCAGUGAGGAAAGCAGGAUCUACGUAUUUCAAUUGCAAAGGAUACUAUUCAUUUGUAUUGAUGGCAAUCGCUGAUGCCCACUAUCGUUUUAUUUAUGCUGAUGUCGGUGUUAAUGGCAGA